AUGGAGUCAACACUAGCUCCGCUGCCGCCACUGCCCAACUUAAGUGCCCAACUACUAGCCGUCUCCAUUAUCAUUCUGCAGCGAACCAUUCGCCACAACAGCAUCACCACCACUAGACCGAUUAACCAGAACUACGACUUUAUCGUCGUCGGCUCAGGCACGUCAGGCUCAAUUGUCGCCGGAAGAUUGACUGAAAAUCCGAACGUCACAGUGCUGGUGCUUGAAGCGGGUGGCCCUCAGCUGAUCACCUCUGAUGCUCCCAGCCAUGCCCGACAGCAGGUUGGCUCUGAAAUAGACUGGGGCUACCGAACCACUUCACAGUAUCCCAAUGCAGGCAAUGCUUUGAAUGGCGCCCAGGUGGUCAUUCCGCGCGGCAGAAUCGUCGGCGGCUCACACAACAUGAACUUUAUGGUGUACAGUCGUGGCAAUCGUCGCGAUUUUGACAACUGGGCAAACAACUACGGCGCCACUGGUUUCUCCUACAAUGAAGUGCUGCCGUACUUUUUGCGUUCAGAGAACAACACUGACGCAAACAUUGUGAACGCCAAUCCGGCCUAUCAUUCUACCCAGGGACCAGUGGUCGUGCGGACACCCAAAAACCCCGACCCAGUGAUAACCAUGCUCAAGCAGGUGGUGGAAAGCUGGGGUUAUCCAGAAGCUGACCAAAAUGGUCCAAUGCAACUGGGCAUCAAUUUUUUUCAGCAAACCAUCUUCCUCAAUGCGACUCGAUCAACUACAGCCAGUGCCUUCCUGGAGGCUAACAAUGGCCGACCUAACUUGCAGGUACUCACACGAGCACUAGUCCGUCGAGUACUCUUCAACAGUACACGGGACGCUGACGGCAACCUGACGGCAAUUGGAGUUGAGUACGAGUACAAUCAAACGGUUUACCAGGUGUACGCCAAUCGGGAAGUCAUUCUUAGCGGGGGAUCAAUAAACACUCCUCAAAUUUUAAUUCUGUCCGGCAUUGGCCCUCGAGACCAUUUAAACCAGUUGGGCAUACAGACACAAGUCGACUUGCCAGUGGGCUACAAUCUGAAAGAUCACGUCUACGUGCAGUACGAUUUUGAAGUGCUCGAUAUGAACCUGAUCACUUCUGGAAUCGACUGGACACUGGAGAACAUGUACCGGUAUUUUGUCAACUCCGCCGGACCACUGUCGCAGUUUCCACUGGUGUUCAUGUACCUCAACACACCCUACAACAACGAAACCGACUGGCCAGACAUUCAAAUUGACUUCAACGUUGACCCAGUGGGAAAUGAUCUGGAGUCGCUGGUGGCCGGAUAUCGACCUGAGGAGAGGGAAGGCUGGCGCAAUUACUACCGCGAUCACGUCGGCCAGCGCAAUCGAAUGGGCAUUCUCUGCUUUCACUACCGCCCCCACUCAGAAGGCAGACUGACGCUCAACUCGACCGAUCCGCACGACGCCCCACUGCUGAACACUCGGUACCUCACCGACCCGUACGACAUUGCCUCCAUGGUCGAGGUGACCAGAAGGGCGUUGCAAAUGGCCCACCAGCCACCCUUCACCCGACUGCUCCGCCUCUACCAGCAGCCCAUUCCCGGGUGCACACUCUGCUCCAGUGGACCCAUCUGGCAGUGUGACUCCUAUCUGGAGUGCUACGCUAGGGCGGUCACUUCGACUGUGGGACACCAAGUAGGAACUUGCAAAAUGGGCAACGGCACCGACUCAGUGGUCGACCCGAGAAUGCGCGUUCGAAGGGUGAACAGACUGCGAGUGGUUGAUGGCUCCAUUUACCCGACCAUCACCAAUGGCAACACUAAUGUUCCCUGCAUGAUGUUCGGUGAAUACGGUGCCAGCAUGAUUCAGCAGGACAAUGGUCUGUAG